CUUUCAUAGAUGAAAAUGGCAAAUAAAUGCUGUUCUCCCUCAGACCAGGUCAUACAUAUGGGAUGGGUAAAUGAGAGACUUGAAGGAAUUGAUUCAUCUCAACUCUACAAAUUUAAGUUUCUUGCACUGAAGGGUUCAUCCUUCUAUAUUUUCAGCACUCCACCGGUAAGCACACUAGACUGGGUACGAGCUGAAAAAAUCUAUAACCUCUGUGAGGUUCUAUUUAAAAUUCACAAGCUCUGGCUUGCUGACGAUUGCUGGCUACAAGCAAACUUGUAUUUAGGUAUUCAUCAGGACUUUGAUCUUGAAGACCAGAGGCCGUAUUGUUUCAGUGUUAUGGUUGGACAUGGCAAGAGUCAUUAUUUCAAUGUAGAGCUGGGCAGCGAAUUGGCAGUGUGGGAGAAAUCAUUUCAAAGAGCGAUUUUCUUGGAAGUUCAAAGAACAGGGUCUAAAACAUAUAUGUGCAGUUGGCAAGGGGAUAGCCUGUGUUUCACAGUAGACUUUGCUCUGGGAUUUACCUGUUUUGACAGUAAAACAAAGAAUGUGCUGUGGAGGUUUAAAUUCUCUCAGCUAAAAGGGUCUUCAGAUGAUGGGAAAACAAAAGUAAAGCUGCUGUUUCAGAAUCUAGACACCAAACAAAUAGAGACAAAGGAGCUUGAAUUUCAGGAUCUGACAGCAGUUUUACACUGUAUUCACUCCUUUAUAGCAGCAAAAGUGGCAUCUGUGGAUCCAGUGUUUAUAGACAGUCAGAGUAUUGCAAGAAAAUAUAUGUACACUAACUGAUAUUAGAUUAUAUGUUGUGACUAUGGAAAAUAAAUUAUUUUCUUAAAGAAAGUAGUUAUUUCAUUCACAAUGUUUCAACUGUGUGAUUUUAUAAGAAGUCUGUAGUUGUGUUACCUGUAACAUUAAGAGUUUCCACAAUCCGUUAAACAUUUUGAAUCUAUGAGAUAACAAAUAUUAAGUCAAACUGAAUCAGUUUGUCAUCUUCAGCAUUAAUCUAAAAUUCUAAAUGAAUAUUCAUUCAAUAUUUUUUGUGGUGUCAUUUUGAUUUCUGCUGCCAUGGUCAUACAUACUCCCCCUUAUUAGGUAGAAAUAUGGAAUGCCAUUUGAAAAGUGUGUGUCCAAAAUUUGGCCUCUAAGUCUGUUUUCAAAAGUGCUGGGCACACAGACAAUUUCUACUAGCCUUCCCUGUAGAAAAGAACUAAUUAUUGAAGACAACUGCCAUAGGAAUUGAGUUUUUAUCUUGCUUCUAUAUGUUUGAAAAAUUAUAGCUCCACAGUCAAGUUCUUUUGAGGCCUGGGAGUUUAGCUCUGAGAAAACAAUAAGUGCUCUAUUUCAGACUGAGGAAAAGACUUAAGCACCCACAUGGCUCUAAGCAUAUUAAGUAGGCCUAGUGAAGCACAAGCUGAUGUUAAGUAUGAAUUUAAAUAUCAUGGUAGAUCCACUGAAAAGCUUUAGACUCUGCUAAAAAGCCUCCUCUCAGUUUUAGAUAACUUGCCUUAGGGUUUUUUUAUCUAUUAAUAAAGCUUCCAUGAGACAUU